GAACGUUAGCGACGCGCCCUCCCUAGCUUGCAACAUUGUUGCGAUUACACAGCCGAAGAGGAGUCGAUGGACGCUAGUUAGGCCACUACUACUGAAGCAUCCCCCACUCUCGUGGUCAACCCCUGGCCACAUCUGGCCACACGUCCAUCCCAUGCGAAGGGAAACAACGUUAUAAUGAAAUGCUUAAUGUGUCACCCUAAACUUACCUCAAUAUCAGCCUUCAAAAACUCUACAUCUAACCUUUGCAAACAAAUUCAGGAGGACGGGAUAUGUAACCAACCAGAGAGGAGUGCCUGCAAACCUCUGGAGCCACAAGUCUACUUUGGGUCUUAUAAAAAUCAGGAUUUGGUGGAGGAGGGAGGAGAGAGUAUGGAACAAGAUGAGCGUGGAUGAACAACAGGACUCUCAGGGGGAUUAGUGUCCGAGGGGUAUAAAAGACAUGGCUGGACCAAGAGAAAAGCAUCUCAGAGAAGGAUUGCAGAAAGGAAGCUAGGAGGUCCUCAACUCACCUUUGGUUCACAUCUCAGCACUUGCUCCUCCGCAAGAAAAACAAACGCAAUGGACCCCGCAGGAUCCGCAGACGGAAAGAAGGGACCCCCCAAGUUCAAGCAGAGGGCGGCCCGCACCUUCAAGAGCAAGGCCCCCAAACCUGGCCAGAAAGGGUUUGGUGAUGACAUUCCUGGAAUGGAGGGCCUGGGCACAGACUUCACAGUGGUCUGCCCAUGGGAGGCAUUUGGCGACAUGGAGCUCAGUGACCUGGCUAAAUACGGAAUUGUAUAAUUCCACCCCAUCCUUCCCUGCUCUGUCUCCCUUCGCUUUACCGUACCUACCUCUCCUCCAGACGGAUUCCUCAGCUGGCGUUGUGACGCACGAGUGUGCACUUGCAUCGGAUAUGGAAACGUGGAGAACAGCAGUUUCAGCUACACAAAUGCUUCUGCUUUGUGGUCCUGAUGAGGGAAGUCAAUUUCCCCAAAGACACGACACUGAACUCUAGUCCAAACGUCUGAGCAAAUGCUGCAGCUUGUGCUAAGAGGGCUACUGGACACUAACUUGUGAGGGUAUCUCAAAUUGUAUUGCGAUAUCACAACGAAAAUGGACUCCUUUGCUCCUGCCUUUUUGUCCUCUGCACCUUCCCUCAAAGGUUAUGUGAAUGCAGAUAUUUAUUUAUGUACAAAGAGUUUUAUUUUAUUUUUAUGAAAUGGAUUUAUUGUCUGAUAUGUGAUUACCCCGCAUUUCCUCUAGAAUUCCUCUAGAGCGAUAAAUAAAUGCAGUAUUUUCCCAACA